AGUGCAUUGCAUUGUGUCAAAUAGAAGGAAACGUAAACAAUCUUGGUUUUUCCUAUUUCCUCGUGUUUUCCUGGAGAAUAUUAUCUAAAUCUGUGCGCAAAGGACCAAAAGGAUGUCAGAACCUGCAGAUUGCAAUUUGCUGGUGAUUGUUCUGGACACCAAUCCCAGCCAGAGGAUCAUCCGAAUAAAUACACACCACAUGACCCAGUGUCUGGACUCUAUAAUAGCCUUUGGGAAUGCCCAUCUAAUGCAGAGGGCUCAGAAUAAACUGGCAGUUCUGGCUUGUCAUCACCAUGCGACGGAAUUCCUCUAUCCGACUCCGGGGAAACCAAUGGAAGUGCGCCAGAUCGAUGGGCAGUACGAGUUAUUUACUCUGGUGGAGAAAACUGUUAAGACCAAACUGACGGAUUUGAUAACGAAUUCCCCAAGGAUGCAUGGGCAUACGGAAUCUCUGCUGGCGGGAACAAUGACCAUGGCUCUCUGCUACAUCGCCCGGAUGAAUAGGAUUAAGGCUCCGGGCACGAGAAUUUCUUCCAGGAUCCUGGUAGUGACGGGCAGUAAUGAAUGUGCAUCUCAGUACAUGACGUACAUGAAUGUCUUCUUUACUGCCCAGAAGCAGAACAUUGUGAUUGAUGUGUGUGCUUUGGAUAAGUCCCUGAGUCUCCUGCAGCAGGGCUGUGACAUCACAGGGGGGCAGUAUCUCAAAUUGCCGCAGCUGGAGGGUCUCCUGCAGUAUCUCCUCUGGGUAUUCCUGCCAGAUCCUCAUACACGCACCAAGCUAGUUCUGCCUCCGCCCGUGAAGGUGGACUACAGGGCUGCUUGCUUCUGCCACCGGGAACUUAUUGAUAUUGGCUACGUGUGCUCCGUCUGUUUGUCCAUCUUCUGCAAAUACAGCCCCAUUUGUACUACCUGUCACACUGUCUUCAAGACUCCAGCCCCAAUUGCAGCAAAACCCAAAAAGAAGAAGAUCCGGACGUGAAUUUUUCGCCUGGAAAAUAAAUGCUGGGAAAUCUU